AGUAUAACAAGAUUGGUGGAGGGGACUGCAAUCGGGCUCUCUUCGGAUCCUUCCCAGAAGUCGAAUUCGGCUCCUAAUCCAUAUAAUACAGAAGAAAAGAUCGAGAGUUUCUGCGUGGCAGAACGGAGCAGCAGCACCCAGCAGGCUCACCUUCCAUUUCAUAAUGGGGCAAGAUACAACUUCUUCUGAUCCUUCUACCGGAAAGUUGGACUUCAUGUUUUCGGGAAUGACAGGAGGAGAUGGAGAGAACAGCGACGCCCAAAAUUCAACAUGGCAAGCACGAAUGGUCGCCAUGACCCUGCCCAAGUUAUUCGAAGAUAUAAAGUCCAUGAGUUUGACGGAUCGUGAUCAGGUUUUUAGAAUCGCAGACCUGGGUUGCUCGUCCGGCCCGAACACCAUACGUAACGUGGAAGCAGUGAUCGAGCAGGUACGGGCGAGAUACAAGGAAGCAGAGGUGGAUACCAGUUCUGGCCCAGAGAUACAAGUCUACUUCCAGGACUUACCGAACACCGAUUUCAACACGCUGAUUAAGUUCCUAUUUUCACAACCUCGUUCUGAUGAGGAGAAGGUCCAGAAAUAUAUGUCGGCAGCCGUUCCUGGUUCCUUCUAUGAUCGCCUCUUUCCCAAGUCCACCAUCAACAUUGCUCUCUCGACCUUCGCUCUUCACUGGCUCUCUGAGGUACUCAUGAACGCUUCCUGA